GCCGUGCAGAGCUGGCUGAGUGAGUCCGGGGUAUUUCCAUCAGCAGAUGUUUUUCUAAAGGACAGGACAACAGAAAUACACUAAGCAAGAAUAUGAAGAAAUCUCUUAAUAAAAAGCCCAAGGAUUUCAACUCUCCAAACUCAAGGAAUCUCUCAGAAUCAAAUAUGUCUACAAAGGAGAUAGUAUACAUAACCCCAAAACCUUUCUCAUAUACUGCAUGUGAAAAAUAUUUUAUCAGUAAAUCAUCUCUUGAUAGACAGCAGACAACGCACACAGGAAGGAAAUCUUUCUCAUGUUCUGUAUGUGGGAAAUGUUUUAACUAUACCUCAGCUCUAGUUGCCCAUCAGAGAAUUCACACAGGAGAGAAACCUUUCUCGUGUUCCGAAUGUGGGAAAUGUUUCAGCCAACAGUCACAAGUUCCAAUACAUCAGAGAACUCACACAGGAGAGAAACCUUUCUCGUGCUCUGAAUGUGGGAAAUGCUUUAGCUAUACCUCAGCUCUACAUAAACAUCAGAGUACUCACACAGGAGAGAAACCUUUCUCGUGUUCUGAAUGUGGGAAGUGUUUUGUCAAUAAAACAGACCUUGUCAGACAUCAGAGAACUCACACAGGAGAGAAACCUUUCUCAUGCUCUGAAUGUGGGAAAUGUUUCAGCCGGCAGUGUCAACUUUCAAUACAUUGGAUAACUCACACAGGAGAGAAACCUUUCUCAUGCUCUGAAUGUGGGAAAUGUUUCAGUCGGCAGUGUCAACUUUCAAUACAUCAGAGAACUCACACAGGAGAGAAACCUUUCUCAUGUUCUGAAUGUGGGAAAUGUUUCAGCCGGCAGUCACAUCUUGUUGGACAUCAGAGAACUCACACAGGAGAGAAACCUUUUUCAUGUUCUGAAUGUGGCAAGUGUUUUGUCAGUAAAGCAGUCCUUGUAAAACAUCAGAGAACUCACACAGGAGAGAAACCUUUCUCAUGUUCUGAAUGUGGGAAAUGUUUUAGCCAGCAAUCUCAUCUUGUUACACAUCAGAGAACUCACACAGGAGAGAAACCUUUUUCAUGUUCUGAAUGUGAGACGUGUUUUGUUAGUAAACCAGACCUUGUCAGACAUCAGAGAACUCACACAGGAGAGAAACCUUUCUCGUGUUCCAAAUGUGGGAAAUGGUUCAGCCGGCAGUCACAUCUUGUUGGUCAUCAGAGAACUCACACAGGAGGGAAACCUUUUUCAUGUUCUGAAUGUGGGAAAUGUUUCAGCUGGCAGUCACAACUUGCAAUACAUAAGAAAACUCACGCAGGAGAUAAAUUAUGUGAUGUUUUGAUAGUUCCAAAUGUUAUUGUCAACUCUAAUAAUAUAUGAGGCAUCAAUGUAUUAAUUUACUGUGAGUGUGAGAUAUUCUAAAAUCAUAAUUCAAAGUUUGCUUACCUUCCAGCACCUCAUAUUAUAGCAAAGCCUUUCUCAUGCUGACACUAUAAAUAAUUACUGUAACAGUAUCAGUCAAUGUACAAAUUAUGCAUUGGUAUUGUGAUAACUUGUAAGCAUCCCCUAUUGACUGGAUGAAAACAUGCAAAUUUACAUAUUGCUGAUAUGGAAUUUAGUGCAAAUCUAUCUAUGCACUUUAAUGUGUUUCAAAUAAUUACUUGUAAUAUAUAUUUGAUGUAUUAUUAGAAUUGCUUGUUCUCCAUUUUUCUGUAUAUUUGUAUUUUAAAUGAUUUCUCCCUCACAUGUUUAUUAACAAUUCC